AGCCGCACAUGGAGGUUGAAUAGGCGGAAAAGAAAUAUACAGAGGUUUGUGACACACACACACACGCACGCAAAGCGAUUCGCAUAAAGUUUCUCGGUUUGACGACCGCUUCACGGUGACGUGCAACUGGCUGUUCCGCAGCAAAAAAAAAAACACCGCUUAAGUCCUUUCUCAAACACAACGCAUGCCCACGUGCAAUCCGGCAUGGUGAUCACGCUUUGCAGCAUCAAGUCAAACGAAAAACAAACCCUUUUAAAAAGUAUAUACACCUACGUAUCAACGCAAACACAACACCCAAUUUCUCCGUUCAGCAUUAUUUAGUGAAUACAGUCCUCUAUAACUCCAAAGCCGUAAUGAAUCGCCACAACAAAUUCUACGCCGAAAUGGCAGGGGAGCUGGAGGAGGACGACUACAACUACGACGAAGAGGACUACAACUACGAUGAAGAGUACGAGGGGGAAUACGAGGGAGAGUACGAGGAAGGGGAGGGAAAAGACACAACCGGCACGUCCCCGCCCGCCGCACGCGUGGCGGAGUCGGGAAAGACCGGCGCAGCAGCUGUGACGGCGCAUACCAACCCCUUCGCCACCAUUUCCCCUCAAAGCGACGGCGACUACGACGUGUUGGAGGUGGCGAUUCCGCAGCUGUACGCAUCGUGGAAGGUCAACGCACCGACGAUGCUGCCCUUGACCGAAGCGGAGGCGGUAACGGCGCUGCGAGCCAGUAACUACGACCUCGGCCCUACGGUGCUGCAGCUCAAGGCGAAGCGCGACGAGCAGCGCACCAGGCGCGGCGGCGGCGGCGUGUUGAAGGUGGCCGCGGCUCCGGGGAAGGCCACCGUUACCACCGUGGCCGCCGUCGAGUCGGAGGCCAGCAGGUUGAAGAAGCACUCCGAGACGGAUGAGGAGGAAAACGGCCUAGUCGACAGCAACCACUCUCCCGGAGCGAGCUCGUACCGCACCGCCGGCUCGCUACGCGGUUCGAAAGGAACGUCGCAGCGCCGCACAAAGCAGAUGCUGCAGAUGGAGCCGGACCUGUCCAAACCGGACUGCACCUUCGUCGUGGCCGGACACGUCGACGCCGGCAAGAGCACCACGCUGGGCCAUCUGCUGCUGCUGCUCGGUCGUGUGAGCAUGGACGAGGUGACCAAGAACGAAAAGGCAGGUCGGUCGCAGCACAAGGAGUCCUUCAAGUACGCGUGGCUGCUGGACCAAUCGGAGGAGGAGCGCCGGCGCGGUGUGACCAUCGACGCCGGCUCCUUCGGCUUUGAGACGGCGCACCGUCGUGUUCACGUUUUAGACGCCCCGGGGCACAAGGACUUCGUGCUGAACAUGAUCAGCAGCGCCACCCAAGCGGAUGCGGCGUUGUUGGUCGUCAACGCGGCCACGUCGGAGUUUGAGACGGGCCUGCAGCACGGCACAAAGGAGCACUUGCUUGUCCUCAAGACCCUCGGAGUGGGCUCGAUCGUGGUGGCGGUCAACAAGAUGGACUCCGUGGGCUACUCGAAGGAUCGGUACGACUACAUCGUGCGGGAGCUGCAGCUGCUGCUGAAGCAGACGCGCAUCCCUGACGAGGCGAUCAUCGGCUUCUGCCCCAUCAGCGGCAUGACCGGCGCGAACAUCUGUGAGCUGGACAAAGCCGCGGCCCCGUGGUACAGUGGACCCUGUCUGCUGGAGAUGAUCGACCAGUGCCCUCUGGAGAGUCGCCUGGUGAGCGGACCGCUGCGGCUCAGCCUGCAGGACGUGCAGGGCACCACUCUGUACGCCAAGGUGGAGAGCGGCAAGCUCUUCACCGGGGACAACAUUGUUUUUGUGCCGAGUGAUGUGCGGAUUGCGGUGAAGGCGGUGCAGAAGCCGACCGUCGCCGGCUCCGUGCUGGUUGCGUUCGCUGGGGAGCCGGUGGAAAUUGUCACCAACUCGUCCGUGACGGGGCUCUACCCGGGCUGUGUCGGGUGCGACCCAAACGCGCUCAUCCGCAGCUCCAUCGACUUUGAGGCUCAAAUUCAAACCUUUCGUACGCUGACGAGGGCCAUCCUGCCUGGAUCCACCUUCACGGUUGUGGUGCACGCCCUCACUGUGCAGGUGCGCGUCAUUGCACUCAUUUCGAGGUUGGACGCCAAGACAGGAAGCUGGUCGAAGGGGAUGGUGAAGUGCGUGCCCCCCGCGACACAGGCGAUGGUGCUCUUCCGCGCCGAGACGCCGGUGGCGCUGGAGCCCGCCACCGAAUGCCGUGCGCUGGGCCGCUUUGUGCUGCAACAAGACGGCGAUACCGUCGCUGGAGGGCUUGUGAUGCGCGUGAUGGGAAAGUAG